UUGGGUGAAAUCGCAUGAUUAGGAAAGAAUAGGCAACGAGACCAUGUCGCUGAACCGCUUAAAGGAAACCCUCCGACCCUGCUCCAACUCCCCUUCCUCCGCCACUGCCACCGACACAGCCGGAGCCGCCCUCGCUUCCUCCUCGUCCGCCUCCUCUUGGGAAUCUCCGUCCGAAGCCCCUCCUUCGAGGAAGCCACCCAAAUCCUCCCUCUCGCAGCAACUGCAACGCCUCGAUGCGCAGUCUCUCUCCGAGGGCUUCCAAUUCCGUCCACCAAAACCACCCUUUGAAGAAGAGAAACCAGCGGCGGAGGAUGAGGAGGAGAGUGGAGGCGUUCCAGUCACCGUCAGAUUGCCGCGUGAUGCGCUCCUUUCGCAGUCUGCCUCCUUUGAGGCUCGAGGGCCCUACGAACCUUUGGUUCUCUCCUCUCCCGGAGAAACUCAUGUUGUUCAGGUUCCUGCAUCAAUCAAUUGUAGGCUCCUAGCACAUCAAAGUGAUGGCAUUAGAUUUUUGUACAAUUUGUACAAAAGCAAUCAUGGUGGUGUACUUGGAGAUGACAUGGGGCUGGGGAAAACCAUCCAGGUUAUAGCUUUUCUUGCAGCUGUAACUGGUAAAGACAAUGAGCACAGAGCUGAUAAGGUGUAUCAUGCUGUGGAAAAAGGCCCUAUAUUAAUCAUCUGUCCCACUUCAAUUAUUCAGAACUGGGAAAAUGAGUUAUCUGAAUGGGGAGAUUUCAGUGUUUCAGUUUAUCAUGGACCAAAUAGAGAGUUAAUUCUUGAGAAGCUUAAAACUCAUGGUACUGAGAUACUUGUAACUAGCUUUGACACUUUCAGAAUUCAUGAUAAGAUUUUAUGUGAAGUCCCAUGGAAUAUUGUUAUUGUUGAUGAAGCGCAUAAGCUGAAAAAUGAAAAAUCACGAUUAUAUAGGGCAUGCUUAGGAAUAAAAACAAGAAAAAGAUUUGGUCUAACUGGAACUAUAAUGCAAAACAGGAUAUUGGAGCUUUUUAAUCUGUUUGAUUGGGUUGCACCUGGGUGCUUAGGAACAUGGGAACACUUUCGUGAUUUCUAUGAUGAGCCUUUAAAACAUGGUCAGAGGUUAAGUGCUCCUGAAAGAUACAUUCACAUUGCUGAUGAACGGAAGAAACAUCUUGUCGCUGUUCUGCGUAAGUACUUGUUAAGAAGGACUAAAGAGGAGACAAUAGGACAUUUAAUGUUAGGGAAAGAAGAUAAUGUUGUCUUCUGUGCAAUGAGUGACUUGCAAAAGCGAGUUUAUAAGAGGAUGCUGGAACAACCUGAUGUCCAAUCUUUAAUAAACAAGGAUCUGCCUUGUAGCUGUGGCAGUCCUUUAACUCAGGUUGAAUGCUGUGAGAAGACAGUCCCAGACGGCAUCAUGUGGUCUUAUUUGCAUAGAGAGAAUCCUGAAGGCUGUGAUUCUUGCCCUUUCUGCCUAGUUCUUCCCUGCCUUAUCAAGCUACAGCAGAUAAGCAACCAUUUGGAGUUGAUAAAGCCUAAUCCCAAGGAUGAUCUUGAGAAGCAAAAGAAGGAUGCAGAAUUAGCAUCUGUUAUCUUUGGUGCUGAUGUUGACUUAGUUGGUGGCAAUGCUCAGAAUGAAAAUUUCAUGGGGCUUAGUGAUGUUGAACAUUGUGGAAAAAUGCGAGCAUUGGAAAAGCUAUUAUUUUCUUGGAUUACAAAGGGUGACAAGAUUCUACUUUUUAGCUAUUCUGUCAGGAUGCUGGACAUACUGGAGAAGUUUCUCAUAAGAAAAGGAUAUUGCUUUUCCAGGCUAGAUGGUUCAACUCCAAUGAGCUUAAGACAGUCACUUGUUGAUGAAUUUAAUAAAAGUCCUAGUAAACAGGUAUUUCUGAUAUCUACUCGGGCUGGAGGUUUAGGUCUGAAUCUGGUCAGUGCUAACCGUGUGGUUAUUUUUGAUCCCAACUGGAAUCCUGCACAAGACUUGCAGGCUCAGGACAGAUCAUUUCGUUAUGGUCAGAAGCGGCAUGUUACAGUUUGCCGUCUUCUUGCUGCUGGUUCCCUUGAAGAGCUUGUCUAUUCUCGCCAAAUUUAUAAACAGCAGCUUUCAAACAUUGCUGUCUCUGGGAAGAUGGAAAAACGUUACUUCCAAGGUGUCCAGGAUUGCAAAGAAUUCCAGGGCGAGUUAUUUGGAAUCUGCAACCUCUUCCAUGAUCUCUCUGAUAAGCUUUUCACGAGUGAGAUAAUUGAAAUGCAUGAGAAAGGAGGUCAACACUUCGAUACUCAGAACAAACCACUUCUUCAAGAAAUUGAUGACUAUGUUCCUCCAACAAGUGAAAUACUAUCUCAUGACACAUUGAAUGAUGGUGCAACAGUCUUUGAAAACACAAGGAAGCUUCAGGACCUAGGCAUAGUAUAUGCUCACCGUAACGAGGAUAUUGUAAACAUGGGACCUGGGCUUUUGGGAAACAAUUGUACCACAAGUACGAAGGAAGACUCUGCCGACACGACUUUACCAAAGACACAAGCUAAUAACUCGAAAAGGAUCCAUAGGGUGGAUGUCUCUGCUGAACAGUUCAAGAGGAAUGAGUUUAGACACGUUGCUCACUACAUGGGCAUGGAUUGCCUGGAAUUCAGCAAGUGGAUACUCUCUGCAUCACCUUCAAAGAGGCUUGAAGUGUUAGAGAGUUUUAACAAGAAAAAGAAGCGCAGACAACUUGACUAUUAAGCCGUGCAAUUUGUCACCUGUACAUAGCGCGUCAACAUUACAAGAAGGAAAUCAGAUGUGAUGAGCAAGGCAACGGAUUUGAUAAACCACAUACCAAAUGGACUCCCUCAUAUCGCUUGUUUUGAGUUGUCAGGUUGUUGUUACCCGAAGAAACAAGUACUUUGUCAUCAUCAUCGAGCAUUAGGCAUUGAGAGGCUCUAGCAACAUGGCUUAGCCACCGCCACCAUCUAGUAUUUCUUUCCGAAGACGAUCACUUGGAGCUUAUCGUAACCGGCUAGAACGCCGGCACUGGCCACUGCUCGGAGUAUGUUUGCACCACCACCCUUGAAGAGGGACUUCGUUCCCUCAUUCUUUACAAUCUGUGAGUAUGCAUCGAAAGAGCUCCGGUACUUGACAGCCUCACCGGAAGUCAUCAUCAUCCGUCGACGAACAGUGUCCAUCGGGUAGGAAGAAAGACUAGCGCCGACAGUAACUCCCCAUCCAAGAAAGAAACUCGCCAAGAAGUUAUCCUUUAAAUGCCAAACAACAUCACUCGUUCAACACUUGAUCAUCUAACUAAAACAUGAGCAUGGCAAGCACUAACUGACCUGCAAGGAACCAACCAACAGAACCGGUUUCAAAGAGUCAUAGAGACCGAAGUAGAGCCCUCGAUAAACGAUGAUGCCGGCAAUGGAGACACAGAAGCCACGGUACAGUCCAGCGACUCCAUCAGACUGUAUGGUUUUUCUGUAAACAUCAAUCAGGCCAGUGAACUGCCUCUCACCCCCCUUCUUGGUAGCCUUGGCAUCGUUCGCCAACCGGGUCCUUGCAUAAUCCAACGAGUACACAAAGAUUUGUGAGGUAGCACCGGCUGCACCCCCAGAAGCCAAAUUGCCCGCGAACCAUUUCCAGUAUCCAUCCCUAUCCUUCUUGAAGUUGAACAUCCGCUUGAAGUGGUCCUUGAAAGCAAAGUUCAGUGCCUGAGGUGGUGAUCAGCAAAACAACAGUCAAUGGCAAUGACAACCACUUUAAAGGAAAGGAAAAGAAAGAAAAGGAGGAGGAGGAGAAGCUUCAACCUGGGUAGGGAAAUAUCGAAUGACAUUUACAGUGUUUCCUCGCCACAGUGCAAGAACACCUUCUUCUCUGGCAGUUCGAGAGAAGCAGUCUGCAAUCCCCUUGUAUGGCUCUGAGAGGCGGCCAGCUUUGAUCAGCUCGUCUUGGUUCUGGACGAGGAGCUUCACGCGCUCAAUUGGAGCAGCCGCGCUUUUGGAAAUGGCAGCAGAGACUCCGCCCAUUAGGAAAUCUAUAAGAAAUCUGGAGUAACCUUUCUCCUCUGGAGCACAAGCAGAGGUCGGGGUAAAAGGCCUGAGAUAUGAUCUCCCAACUGUGCUCUGCAAGUCAUAAGCUCCGAUGAGGUUGUAGAUGCUGCUAUUUCUGCCUGGUAAACCACCAGAACAUGGUUUCUGUGUGAUGGAUCGACGGUGCAAUUCAUUUUCCAUCUUCACCUGCUGUGCCGCACAAAACAGAGCAGCCGAAUUGAACUGGCUGCAAAGAUCUCGACUUGGCCAGAAACAGGAAUUCGUUUACUAAAUAGGCGAAGGAGAGAUUGACGAAGCAGCCGCCUGCUUGCGCGAUCGAUGUGUGAAUCAGACUGGAGGAAGGAUGGACCAAGCAAGGAACUUGGAAGGUUGACCGUCAACCGAGGACUUGAACAAUGAAUUAACCAUAUUCCUGAUCAUUUUCCAGUAGAUGAAGAUGGAGGGAUAGAGGAAGACGCAAUCUUUGCAAUAGAUUAUUGUUGAUUGAAAAAAAAAUGGUCUAGAAUCUGUGCCACUUCAUGAUUUGGUUGACUCUUCCAUUGGCUCCCAUGAUCUCCUCAUUUCGAGGGAGGUGCAUGUUAGUUUGGCGAGGUUUGACAUUGUGGAAAACAAAAGCAGAUACGGCAACAUGUAAAACAAAACAGAUGCAUGCAUGAUGCAGCAGCCUUUCUUGGACCA